AAAAAAAAAAAAAAAGCCCUUGAUUUUUAACACCCCUGCUGUGUAACUACUAGUUUUUUACAUGGUUACUGUUGUUAGGGCCUUCUUUCAUCCCUAGUAGUGAUUGUUACGAGGAAGGGGGGCAAAACACAUAUUGCAGUAAAAUUGUAGACUGGAUUUCUUUGAAGGCAAAUGGCAUUUGACCCAGCACUGAGAUGCUUUGCUUUUUGCAGUUUGGAUGCUAAAUCUACCAGCAUUCAGGUGACCAUUAAGGAGGGAGGUCUAAAACUUAUUCAGAUCCAGGAUAAUGGAUGUGGAAUCAGGAAAGAAGAUUUAGAUAUCGUAUGUGAGAGAUUCACUACAAGCAAAUUGCAAAAAUUUGAAGACCUGGCUAGUAUUUCUACAUAUGGGUUUAGGGGAGAGGCAUUGGCUAGCAUAAGCCAUGUUGCCCAUGUUACUGUCACAACUAAAACUGCUGAUGCAAAGUGUGCAUACAGGGCAAGCUAUUGUGAUGGAAAACCGAAAGCACCUCCCAAACCUUGUGCUGGAAACCAGGGGACUCAGAUCACAGUUGAGGAUCUAUUUUACAAUGUAACCACAAGGAGGAAAGCCUUAAGAAAUCCAAGUGAAGAAUAUGCGAAAAUAUUAGAAGUCGUUAGCAGGUAUGCCAUCCACAACUCAGGCAUUAGUUUUUCAGUUAAAAAGCAAGGUGAUACGAUGGCAGAUGUUAGAACUCUAUCGAAUGCUUCAACAGUGGACAAUAUUAGGUCCAUUUUUGGAAAUGCUGUUAGCAGAGAAUUGAUAGAAGUGGGCUGUGAAGAUGGAAAGCUGGCCUUUAAAAUGAAAGGCUACGUAACGAAUGCAAACUACUCAGUGAAGAAGUGCAUAUUUUUACUCUUCAUAAAUCAUCGACUGGUGGAGUCAACUGCUCUGAGGAAAGCUAUAGAGACUGUGUAUGCUGCUUAUUUGCCAAAAAGUACACAUCCAUUCCUGUACUUAAGCCUGGAAAUAGCCCCUCAGAAUGUAGAUGUGAAUGUGCAUCCUACAAAGCAUGAAGUCCAUUUUCUUCAUGAAGACAGUAUUCUAGAGUGUGUUCAGCAACAUAUAGAGAGCAAAUUACUGGGGUCUAACUCUUCAAGGAUGUAUUUUACCCAGACUUUGAUCCCAGGAGUUGAAUGCUCUUCCACUGAGGUUGUUAAAUCAGUAGCGACCUCCUCUUUCACAACUAAAGGAACAAGUGAUAAAGUCUAUGCCCACCAAAUGGUCCGUACUGAUUCCCGAGACCAAAAGCUGGAUGCUUUCCUUCAGCCUGUGAAGAAAGUCUCGAGUACUGGGCAUACAACAGUGAUCCAAGAUGGUAGAACAGACCUUUCUGAUGGCAGAGCCAGGCAGCAGGAUACUGAAAUGGAAGAUCUCAAUGACUUUGAUACAAUGGCUGUUGCACAGGAAGCUUCAGUGAUGACACCAGAACUGCAGAAGGAAAGUGGAAGGCUGAGUCCUGAAACAGGUCUUACUAGAAAGAGACAGCGGUCAGACUCUGAUGUAGAAAUGGAGGAAGAUACUAGAAAGGGAAUGACUGCUGCCUGCACCCCUAAGAGAAGAAUUAUUAACCUAACCAGUGUGUUGGCUCUGCAACAGGAAAUUAGUGGUCAAGCACAUGCAAGUCUUCAGGAGAUGUUACAUGAUCACUCAUUUGUUGGUUGUGUUAGUCCUCAGUGGGCCCUGGCACAAUACCAGACAAAGCUGUAUCUUCUCAAUACUACAGAACUCAGCCAAGAACUCUUCUAUCAGAUUCUUAUUUAUGACUUUGCAAAUUUUGGCAUUCUGAGGUUGUCGGAGCCAGCUCCACUGUAUGAUCUAGCUAUGCUAGCCUUGGAGAACACUGAAAGUGGAUGGACAGAAGAAGAUGGUCCAAAGGAAGGACUUGCUGAAUAUAUUGUUGAGUUUCUAAAAAAGAAGACUGAAAUGCUGAAAGACUAUUUCUCUCUUGAUAUUGAUGAGGAUGGAAACCUUACUGGAUUACCACUCCUUAUAGACAACUAUGUUCCACCAUUGGAGGGACUACCUAUGUUUAUCCUUCGCUUAGCCACUGAGGUAAACUGGGAUGAAGAAAAGGAAUGUUUUGAAAGCCUCAGUAAAGAAUGUGCCAUGUUUUAUUCCAUUAGAAAGCAGUAUAUAGUGGAAGAAUCUGACUUGACUAACCAACAGGCUUUAGAGGUUGGAUCUGGUUCAACAUCAUGGAAAUGGACAGUGGAACACAUUAUUUACAAAGCUUUUAGGACCCACCUUUUGCCUCCUAAACACUUCACAGAAGAUGGCAACAUUUUGCAGCUUGCUAAUCUGCCAGACCUGUACAAAGUUUUUGAGAGGUGUUAAAUACCAGCAGACCAGAGCUAGAUGAGUAAUGGAAGAAAGGAGAUUGUUAUACUGCCUUUUAGCAAAGAGUUCUCGUUUCAGAAAUAAAACUGGCCUGUAUUCAA